GCUCAACGUUCUUCCAGCUCAGGGUAAAUACGUACGUGGGGAAGAGAGGCAUGUCUGCCAAGGCCGGCAAGCCCCUGGUCCAGACCGACGCGGGGGCGUACAUCGCUUGGUCAGGUGCCGACCAGCCGGAGCUCGCAACGGAGGGGCUCGGGUGUGGCCUUCUCGUGCUGAGGCCCCUCGGCUUCGCGCUGCCGCACUACGCUGACUCCAACAAGUUCGGCUACGUCCUCAGUGGCUCCGGGGUGGCUGGGGUCCUUCCGGUCGAGGCCAAGGAGAGGGUCGUCCGCCUGAAGGCCGGCGAUGUUAUCGUCGUGCGCACGGGGGACGUCUCGUGGUGGUACAACGACAACGACGGCCACGCUGAUGAUUUGUCCAUCUUGUUCAUAGGCGACACGGCUCGCGCCCUCAGCCCCGGGGACAUCUCAUACUUCUUCCUCGCCGGCGGCAACAGCGUCCUGAGCGGCCUUGACGCGGGCCUCCUCACCAGGGCGUGGCCUGGUGUGACGGAGGAGCAGGCGGCCACCGCGUUCCGGAGCCAGACGGCCGUCCUCCUCACCAGGCUGAGCACGAAGCUGCCCGGCGUAUGCCCGUGCGAGCACGAUAGGAAAGGGCUCGUCGUGAACGCCGGCCACGUCGCCGCAGGGACCCUGAAGACGCUCACCCCGUCGGAUCUGGCCGCGCUGAGCGGCCUCGGGUUCAGCGCGGUGCUCGGGCGGCUCGAGCCCGGUGCCGCGAGGCCGCCGUGGGUGCUCCGCGAAGGAGCGGCGCAGGCGGUGUACGUGGCACGCGGGAGCGCGCGCGUCCAGGUCUCGUCUGCCGCGGGCGGCGACACGCUGCUGCUGGACGAGGAGGUCCCCGCGGGGAGCUUGUUCGUUGUGCCACGGUUCGCCGUUGCGCUCGUCGCCGCCGGCGCUGAUGGUGCGGAGUGGGUCUCGCUGAUCAAGAGCGGCAGGCCGGCGGUGGAGCACCUCACCGGGGAGGGCUCGAUUUUCGGCGGCCUGACUCCACAGGUGGUGCAGGCAUCGCUGAAAGUGGCGCCAGAGCUGUUGAAGCUGCUCUGAGCGGUGGUGCCUUAGGGUCAGUUUUUUUGGCGAUUCUUCCAUAGUCGCCUCCCUCCUAGCUUUUUUCAGAAUUGUCACUUCAUAUAUUUUUAACAAUUAUAUCUAGUUAAGAUCUAAUUAGCUAGGAUUGUAAAAAAUAUAUGAAGUGACGAUUCUGGAAAAAGCUGAAGAGGGGCGAUUCUGAGAGAACUGGUCCUUAAUCUCAUUGCACGUGUGCGUUUACUUCCUGUCGUCCGUGUCAAAUACGCUUUCUCCAACAAGAAGAUCAUCGUGCACGCUGUAUGCUGCGGCGACGUGUAUCACUCGGUCUAUGAUUAUACGCUGUACCUGUCUUUUUCUUCUUCUUCCGAAUAAAAGUUUUAAAUACCACGGAUUCUGCAUUUUUUUUUA